GGUGUUCGAGCGAUGUGGCUGACGGCGUCACGGCGGCGGUGCUGGAGAUUUUGAUGUUUGUUUGAGUGUUUUGUCCGCCGGUGGUGGUGUAGCAGCUCUGGACCCAGUUUUGGGCGUUGGUUUCCCUCCAGGCCUUGGUUGCUGUGGGUGAUGCCUGCGCUCCCAGCUGUGGACUGCAGUGAGCUCGCUGCUCAUUUUACAUCGUGAAGUGAAAGUGAAACUGAGCAUUCGGACUAAAGAGAACAACAACAGCAGCAAAAUAAAAUGGCUUCUAAGUUUUCAGAGGAGGAUUUCUCCUGUCCUGUGUGCUGUGAAAUCUUCAAGGAUCCUGUUUUCCUGCACUGCAGUCACAGUGUGUGUAAAGUGUGUUUGCAGCAGUUCUGGGAGACCACAGGAUCCAGAGAAUGUCCUCUAUGUAGGAGGAAGUCAUCUGUGACUGAGCCUCCCAUAAACCUGGCCUUAAAGAACCUGUGUGAGACUUUGUUACAGGAGAGAAGUCAGAGAUCUUCAUCAGGGUCUAAAACCGUCUGCAGUCUGCACAGUGAGAAACUCAAACUCUUCUGUCUGGAUCAUCAACAGCCGGUGUGUUUGGUGUGUCGAGAUUCAAGAAAACACACCAACCACAAAUUCUGCCCCAUUGAGGAGGCAGUAACAGACUGUAAGGAGAAGCUCAAAACUGCACUGAAACCCCUACAGGAGAAACUGAAGAUCUUUAAAGACUGUAAACUGAACUGGAGUCAGACUGUAGAACAUAUAAAGAUUCAGGCCCAACACACAGAGCGUCAGAUUAAGGAGGAGUUUGAGAAGCUUCACCAGUUUCUACGAGAUGAAGAGGCAGUCAGGAUCACUGCACUGAGAGAGGAAGAGGAGCAGAAGAGUCAGAUGAUGAAGGAGAAGAUUGAGAAGCUGAGCAAAGACAUAUCCUCUCUUUCAGACACAAUCAAAGCCAUAGAAGAGGAGAUGGGAGCUGAAGACGUUUCGUUCUUAGAAAACUACAAGGCCACAGUCAAAAGAGCCCAGAGCACACUGCAGCAUCCAGAGGAGCUUUCAGGAGCAUUGAUCCAUGUGGCAAAACAUCUGGCCAACCUGCAGUUCAGAGUCUGGGAGAAGAUGCAGUACACCGUCCAAUACACACCUGUUAUUCUGGACCCCAACACUGCUCCUCCUGUACUCAUUGUAUCUGAUGAUCUGAAAAGUGUGAGAUGCAGCAAUGAGGAACAGAAACUUCCUGAUAAUCCAGAGAGAUUUGAUCAGUCUUGGUGGAUCCUGGGAUCUGAGGGCUUUAACUCAGAGACACACUGCUGGGAUGUGGAAGUUGGAGACUGUACACGGUGGAUUGUGGGUGUGAUGACAGAAUCUGCUCAGAGGAAGGGGGAGAUAAUCUCCAGAAGUGGAAUCUGGUAUGUGCAGUAUUAUGAUGGUAAAUAUUACGAAGGUUCUUCACCAAAUACAGUCACUCAGCUCUCAGUCGCACAGAAACUCCAGAGGAUCAGAGUGAAGCUGGACUGGGACAGAGGAAAACUGUCAUUCUCCGACCCUCUCACUAACACACACUUACACACUUUCACACACACAUUUACUGAUAAAUUACUGCCAAUCCUAGGUGUUUUUGGUUCCAUAAAGAUCCUCCCACUUGAGUGCUCUGUAAGAGUGAAUCAGAUCAGUUAGCAGAAUAUCUUGAAAUAAUGAAUUAACUCAAAUAAUAAGAUGUCUUAAAAUAUAUUAUCAUGAUAUAUUUUGAAAGUAUGAGGAAGUCAAAAUAAUAAGUGACACACUGUCUUGAAAUAACAAGGUAUUAACUCAAAAUAAUGAGAGCAUUUAAUUAAAAUCACAAAAGAGUGUU